GUCGGGACAUCUUCGUAAGACCAGUUUUUCACACCAAUGUAUAUAAGAUUGCAAGCUUGAACUCACAUCAUCGUCACCACACACUAUCCCAUCUUUCACACAGGGCCCUUCCCAAAGCAUAAAGCUGGCCACCUUCAAACAACAUGACAGAAGCUGUUUCACAAGAGGCACUGACGCUGGACGAAAGUUUGAAACAUACAGCAGCACCUGUAUUAAAUGAAGCGCAAAACCAGAAAGCUAGGAAAGAGGGGAACGAAGAGAGUAGGACGGGACAUCCUGAUGGCGUUGGACAUAAAGUCCCCUUCCUGACGUCGGAGAUCGCCCAACUGGGUGGUCGACCGGAUGACCUUGUGCAAACGACUGAGACCACCAAUGGUAAACCUGAGCCUCCAGCGCCUGCGAUAGAAAAUGAACCCAAGCCUGAGCCAAUAGAACAUAUGGACCCGGUCGUCGCCAUACAGGGUACCGACGAGGGCGACAGCAUCCCAUUACUCUCUACCACCGCACGUAGAGUAUGGCGGCAACGGAAACUCGACUGGAGAACAACUGUUGUAACGCGGUGGCCGUGGAUAAGACCGUAUUGGGAACGUGUAGAGUUUGGUCUCAGCCUUCUGCCGCCGGGCUGGCCGGAAAAGCUACCCAUUUUGGCGAUCGCAUUUUUGUUUUCCCCUCGUCUUUUUGCUGUGCUGUGUGCGAUAAGUGUGGCUACGCUACUGGGUUACAUGUGGGGAGUUACCUCUGGAAAGGGUUCUGGGGGGCUUCCAAACACCUUAUCAUGGGACCAUCGUAUGGACCAGGAUCGAGGACUUGAAGCGCUUAAGGUUCCUGUUGAUAUGUCAGCAUUCUCCGUUUCUCCAAGCGUCCACAAUGCGUUAGAACAAUUCUGUGGUCAUAUUGUGAGGGACUUCAUCAAUAACUGGUACAGCAACAUCAAUCAUUCAGGCAGCACGGACUUUCCCGAAGCGGUCCAUGCAAGCGUACGGCAUGUCUUCAUAAAGUUGGGGACAUCUACUAAUGAAAUACGCCCGACCGCGCUAGCGUUACCAGUUUUCCAAACUAUUAUUCUUCAUAUGCGAGAAUAUCGCGUCUUUGAGUCUUCUUCGCUGCAGCUUGAUGAGUAUCUGUCUCGAAACCCCAAUUCUGCCUUUAAUCUUCACCGCACGAAAGACCAAAUCUUUGAACAUCUUCGAAGGUUGUCCAUGCAUCUGGCGGUCGAACUUCUCCCUCGUGGAGAUAGAUGCAGUCCGAUGGUUUUUGCAUUUGUCCAGGAAAUAUUGGCAACGUCUGUUCUGCUGCCAAUCGUUGAGAUGUGCAGUGAUAGCGAUUGGAUCAAUCGGCAGUUGCUGACGUUCCUUAGAAAAUCACAAGCGAGCGCCGUUGCCAUGGCUAGCAAGCAAACCGGAUCUACAGGAUCGCCACAGCCAGGUUUGUGGGCUCCUUCAAGAAAAGAUAGUAGUGGAGAACAGGUGUACGUCAAAGUUGUCGAAGCUCGAAGACUGCCCAUUGCUGAUAUGUAUGGAUUAUAUUGUUCGCUCCUCUGCGGUACAAAGGUGCAGAGAAGCCGUAAAAUAAACGCGGAAUCAAAUCCAAUGUGGAUGGAGGAGUUCCGAUUCGAUUGGGACAAUGACGAUGCUAAUGGUGGUGUAGACGGAAUAGUGGUGGAUUUGCUGGAGUCGAGGUUAAUCAAAGAUGAAAUCAUUGGCAGCGUGUACGUCCCAAUGUCACAACUCCCCCCAAACAAGUUUCUGAAAGGAUGGUUACCGAUUGAUACUGCGGAUACCCGAUUUGCCGGUGUAACCAAUGCUGAGAUCUUACUUGAAGCAAUACGGAUUGCACCUGCAGCUGGGCAUGGGGCCGGCACAAACAGUGCACGUGGAUCCUCCGCAGCACAAGGCAAUGAAAAUCCCAACUCAGGGCUCAGUAACGAAAUUUCAGACCUGACAGCGGAAGAUAUCCUAGUUCGAAACGAAGGAUUGGUGGAGUUCAUGCAAUACAUGGAUGAUAUAAAGUCGUCCGAUUACAUACAGCUCUACGUCAUGAUUGACUCUUUCAAUCGGUUCGCGAAGCUGGAGAUGUCAAGUCAGUCGUCUUCGGGGCUGGCCAAUGCGAUAGAAGGACUCAGAACAGAUGCAUUAUCCAUAUUUGACACUUUCUUUUCUCCGUCGGCGUCUCAAAGAGUGGAUUUGGAAUCUCCAGAACUGGUGGAAAGGGUUCGGCAGGCGGUGUUAGCUUCACCCGGCGCGGAUGUUUUCCGCCCUUUACAACAACGCAUCGUCGAAGUUACCGAAAAGCGCUUCAUGGAAGGAUUUAAGCAUAGCCAACUUUAUCAGCGGUACCUCGUUGAAAAUGGACUGACAUUACGAGAGAGCCAGCAAAAGACUGGGUCCGCGUCGGGUAGUGGGAGUUCUGGCUCAGAUUCUGAGUCAGUAGCAUCUGCAAACAACUCAAUCCCUCCUGCACUUCCUCCGAGAUUACCUGACGUCAGCUUGCCUGCCCCUGAGCUACCUCCCCGAUCGGUAGCUGAAAUUCCAGCAGUCCCACCACGACCGACUGUGGUGACUGAAGGGACAUCCGGCAAAAUGUCCCCAUCAACGGACGCAACACCAACAUUACCGCCGCGUCCCCCUGCGCAGACCGAUGAUGUGAAAUCCAACGUAAGUUCCGGACAGGAUGCCAUUCCAAAGUCCUCCUGGAAAGGUGCAUCUGACAUUGAUAACGAAUUGUUCACCGACGUCCUCCCGCUUAAUGAUGAUACGUCCACGUUGGAGGAACCGGUGCCGGGUACCAGUGGAAUGCAGUCGGCUGUAGAGGCGCAGGAAAGCGUUGCUGCAACGGCUGCUAGUGAGAUCGAGGACGAGACAGACGCGAUGACCGCUUCUAUUCAGUCAGCAGCGCACGUACUUGAGAAUCUGGGAAAGAAUGGUAACCAUGACAUCGAAGAGGUGAAAGCAGCCAUCAAUACUCUGCGGGAGCAAGUUACUCUUAUCGAUUCAAUAAUGCGACGCUCUGCCGAUGCUGAAAAGUUGUCCGACUUAGCUAGCACGAAACUACAGCUGCAGACGCAGGUAGAAGAAUUGGCCGAUCUGAUAGCGCAAGAAGAGCAGCAGGCUAAGCAAGGGCACCUCGCGGUAGACCUGCGCAACGUGAGGAUAAACAUAUUGGACAUGACAGCUCCUGAAAAAGACAAGGACGAGAAGAACAUCUUUGCAUUUGCCUCUACACCUACGCAUCCCAAAUCUAUCGUGUUCAUUGUCCAAAUUGAAAGGACUAACGGUAGUGGAGGGUGGAUGAUCUCAAAGUCCUAUGCGGAUAUCAUUGCUCUUAAUGAGGCGCUCCGCACUGUGUUCCCCAAAGUUCGGAAGUCCAAUUUCCCACAACGCACACGCGUGACUGGAACGAAAGCAAGAGAGGAGCUAUCUCAUGAGCUGGAGCGCUGGCUGAAUAUAAUUGCCAGCGACGCCACGUUAUACGAAUCUGCACAAGUACAGGAUUUUAUGAAGCCCGAGAAUAUCCAGACUCAAGAGUAUAGUGCAAAGCCUGUCGUUGCUACUAAGGUGCUCGGAACCUUAAAGUCCGCAGGAAGUAUCCUGCGAAAGGUUGCGGUUGCCACCCCUAUGCGGGCCGCUACGUUUGUGGCAAGUGAAGUUAAUGCCGCUGUAGCCGGGGUUGCGCAUGGAAUGAAAAAGAAUGAGCCAACAAAUUCAAAGACAAUACGUAGGUCUAGCAGUUUUUGGUCAAACAAACCUGCUGGCAGCGAAGAAGAUCAGCCUGAAACUCUACUCGUACCUGCCAGGGCAUCGUCACUGGAUGAUGCCGUAUCGGAUCACGAUGAAGGGUCAGAUAAGGGGCUAGGAACCAAACCAAUGGUGAGGAACAAGUCAGUCGGCAGUCUAGCGUCCGUGACCUCGCAUAUAUCUGCUGGAGGUUCCGCAUCCGUGGAUGCCAGUAAUGCUACGGUACCGGUGGGCUCGAAUGCCAGCGGUGAUUACUCAAUGUCCGCAACGUCCUAUCGUCCUGAAACUCCUCCACGUUCUUCUUCGGCCCGAUCAGCGUCUCCGGCCAAGUCGCUUGCCGGCUCAAUAAAAUCUGUCGAAGGACCCAGCGGUAGCGGCUCACCCGCCCGACAUUCACGAGAGGAUCCACCGCUGUCUGAUGCAGAACUUGAGAUCAUGCUUGAAUGCGUUUUUGGGAUAAUAGAAGAAGUGUUCCAUCUGUCGGAUCCGAACCAAUGGCUACGGCAGAAAGGAUUACACAUGGUGAAAACUAUUCUGAGACGCACAUAUGGCACCAGUAUUUCCACCCUUAUUCAGUCUCGACUCAUCGAAGCUACCACAGAGACAAAAGUUGCGUCUUAUGUUGACAUGCUGGACGGUUCACUAUGGCCGGAAGGAAUCUGGUACUCUACAAAAGCGCAACAGGACGGUAUUCCUCCUACCCCAAGGAGUGAGGAAGACAUGGCUGAAACGAAAAUGGAAGCCAAACAUCUUUUCAUCAACUCGGGGUUGGGUGGCGUAGAGACAGUUGCUCGCGUUGUGGGCAAGUACAAUACGGUGGCUGGAAUGACCAGACUAUUUAACAUGCUUCAGCAUCAAGAUUUGAAUAGGCAUUUAGUGUGUAUGAUCAUGGAUCGUCUCGUGAAAAGUAUAUUUUAGGGAGAUAGAAUAGGGUUAUGUAAAAAUGAAAUUUAUAAUAGUAGUCGCAUUCAGUAGUGCGGAAUUUCGCCAAAAUAUCAGGCGAGAAAAGAA